CGCAAGCUAGUAUUGCGUAACCUUCAAGACACUUGGGUGUUCUGGAAGUCCUCGCAACUGAUCUGAGCAUCCGGCAUACUUGAAGCCAUGAUUGACGACCAGGACCUUGGACGGUUCACUACCUGGCUGGGCCUGGCUAUUAUGCUUCUAGUUGUCGCAUACCACUACGUCACGGCGGACCCGAAGUACGAAGCUGCCCGUGCAUGAAGUAGCGCAACAACACGGGGUUACGUUCAGUAAUUGGACUGGAUGAGCUUCGUCGGAGGGAAGCUUAAGCUUAAAGGGGGGGAGUCGCUGAGGGCAGCAGGCGGCGUCAAAAAGAAGAAGAGAUCAGAAGAUAAGGCGCUUACUGCGGCAGGAGCCCCGGAGCAAGACCCCGGUCAAGGGGCAAAGGAGGAGAACGACUCUCAGAAGACGCUCAAGGCCAUCCGGGGGUAUGAGCUGGACCCGAACACUGUCGAAGACCGCCGCACGGAAGCUGAGAAGCGUUAUGAGGCACGGUUCCGAAAGGUGGAAGAGCAGAUGUGCAAAAAGGCAGCUGCCAAAUCACAUAGGGAGCGCGUGAAAGAGUUUAACGAAUAUUUGGCGCAGCUGUCUGAGCAUCACGACAUUCCGAAAGUUGGACCUGGCUAGUGUCGUACCACCGGGGGAGCGACGUGGUUUCGUGUCAGUGCCUAUUGGUUGCCGUGCUUGGGUGUUGACCUAGAGAUAAGACGCGUUAUACCUCUGUACUGAUAUCCUUCUCAAGCCUUCCCUAUAGUUUGUUACUGUGCAUGUUCCUGGAUACGUUAACCGAACCGCGGUCAGAGUUGUUUGUCCUGUCCUUGUGGGAGGUGGCCUGCGGGAACCGCUUCGCCGUUGCGUGACUCUUUUCAAGGAUUGACAUGCAAACUGCUUCUUGUAAAAGGACUUGCAAGGGUACAUCAGCACUCAUUGUUCGGUUGACCACGGAGGUUCCGGCAGUGGACACUGCGGCCAAGCGCCAAGCGGCCAAGCUACGUGCGGCCAAGCGGCCAAGUCUGUACAACUUUGCAAUGCCUACAUCCCUUCUGCAAUGCUAUCAAAACAGAAAUCCGUACGGUUGCGCACUCAGAUCAGCUCUCGCAUUAAUA